AUGGCGGAGGUACUGGCCACCAUGGUGGUCGGGCCGCUGGUGUCCAUGGUGAAGGAGAAGGCCUCCAGCUACCUCCUGGAUCAGUACAAGGUCAUGGAGGGCAUGGAGGAGCAGCACAAGCUCCUCAAGCGCAAGCUGCCCGCCGUCCUGGACGUCAUCACUGACGCCGAGGAGCAGGCAGCAAAAAACAGAGAGGGGGCGAAAGCUUGGCUUGAGGAGCUCCGGACCGUGGCCUACAAGGCGAACGAUGUCCUUGACGAGUUCAAGUACGAGGCACUCCGCCGCAAGGCAAAGGCAGAGGGGCACUGCAAGGAGUUCGGUAUGGAUGUCAUAAAGCUCUUCCCUUAUUACAAUCGGUUUGACUUCCGUCGUAGGAUGGCAAACAAGCUCCGUAUGAUUUUGCAAGAAAUUGAUGUCCUCAUAGCAGAGAUGAAUACCUUUAGGUUCAAAUUCAAACCACAGCCACCAAUGUCCAUGAAGUGGAGGCAGACAGAUCCUAACAUGACAGACAAUUAUGUGAACAUUGCAAGUGACUCAAGAGCAAAAGAGAAGAAGGAGAUUGUUGAUGCAUUGCUUGGCCAAGGGGACAAUGUGGGUCUCACAGUCCUCCCUGUAGUAGGAAUGGGUGGGAUGGGCAAGACCACAUUAGCGCAGCUUGUUUACAAUGACUCCGCCAUUCAGAAGCACUUCCAGGUUCAGAUCUGGGUGUGUGUGUCGGAAAACUUUGAUGUGGAUUCCCUGUUUGAAACAAUAGUGAAAGAGGCUGAAAAGAAUGGUUGUCAAAUGACUGUUGGUUCACCAAUGGAAAAAUUUAAAAGUGCAGUGAGCGGGAAGAAGUAUCUCCUUGUACUAGAUGAUGUAUGGAACCGUGAGGCCAACAAGUGGGAUAAGUUGAGGUCCUACCUUCAUCAUGAUGCCCCCGGUAGCUCAGUUUUGACAACAACUCGUGAUGAAAAAAUUGCUCGGUUCAUGGGGACAAUCGAAGCCCAUAAGAUCAAGCACUUGGAACAAAGCUACAUAGAAAAAAUUAUCAAGAAAGAAGCAUUUAGUGUGCAAGCACAAAAGCCUGAUGAUCAGCUACUCAAUAUGGUUGGUGAUGUUGCAAAGAGAUGUUCCGGUUCUCCUUUAGCUGCUACAGCAUUGGGCUCUGUACUUCGUACUAAGAAUACCGUGCAAGAAUGGGAGGCGGUAUUAAACCGAAGCACAAUUUGUGAUGACGAAAAUGGAAUCUUACCAGUACUCAAGCUCAGUUACAAUUGCUUGCCACCACAUAUGCGACAGUGCUUUGCCUUUUGUGCUAUGUUUCCUAAGGAUCAUGAGAUUGAUGUGGAAAUGUUGAUCCGACUAUGGAUGGCUAAUAGUUUUAUUCCGGAGCAAAAAAGAGUGUGUCCUGAAGACAUUGGUAAACAAAUUUUCAAUGAGCUAGCUCAAAGGUCAUUUUUUCAGGAGGUGCAGCAAGACAAAUUUUACAGACAAAUUACUUGUAAAAUCCAUGACCUUAUGCAUGAUGUUGCACAGGAUUCAAUGGGAAAAGAAUGUGCUGCAAUAGAUACAAAACUGAGCCAAAGUGAGGAUUUUCCAUACUCCGCUCGCCAUUUAUUUCUAUCAGGUUACAUUGAAGAAAAUGUUUUGAAUGCUUCCAUAGAGAAAGGGUCUCCAGCUAUCCAGACACUAAUAUGUGAUAGAUUCGUAAAAGCAGAUGUGCAGAAAUUAUCAAAAUAUUUGAGUCCUGUCCGAGCCUUAAAGACAUGGCAAGGUCGAUUUCUAAAGCCGAAAUAUCUUCAUCACCUAAGGUAUCUUGAUCUCUCAAGAAGUGAUAUUGUAGCACUUCCUGAAGACAUUACCAUCCUGUAUCAUCUGCAAACAUUGAACCUAUCUUAUUGUACACGUCUUGAACAACUUCCAAAGGCAAUGAAGUAUAUGACUGCCCUUCGUCACCUCUAUGCUCAUGGAUGUCGGAAGUUAACGAGCAUGCCUGCAGAGCUCGGACACCUCACUUCCCUGCAAAUGCUUACAUGCUUUGUAUUAGGUACUGGCUCGGGUUGCAGUAACAUGGAAGCGCUGAAGAACUUGGACCUUGGUGGCCAGCUGGAGCUGAGGAGGCUUGAAAAUGCGACAGGAGCAGAUGCAAAAGCAGCAAAACUUUGGGACAAGAAAAGGCUGGAAGAACUAACAUUAAGAUGGUCUGACGAUAAUGAAAAGGAGGCACAUAAGGAGGUGCUGGAAGGCCUCCGACCUCAUGAUGGGCUAAAGGCUCUGAGGAUCUAUUGCUGCAGUAGCAAUGGUAUUCCAACAUGGAUGCUUGAGCUGCAAGGCAUGGUGGAGCUCAAGUUAAAAAAUUGCCAAAAUCUCGAGAAGCUUCCUGCACUCUGGCAGUUACCGUCCCUCCAGUUUCUUCACCUGAGCAACCUGCGAAAUUUACAUUGCUUGUUCAGCGGUGGUGCCCCGUCCAAGUUUCAGAAACUGAAGAUGAUGGCCUUGUAUAAUAUGCCAAAUUUUACGAUGUGGUGGGAUAGGAAUGAGGUGCAAGGAGAGGAGCAGAUAUUAUUUCCUGAGGUUGAGAAUCUAAGGAUCGUGCUUUGUCAAAAGCUCUUAGCAUUACCAAAAGCGUCGGUGAUUAAAAAAUCAUCCGGUAGAGAUGGCGCUGAGUGCCGCUCUCCGUUUCCAGCAUUGAAGGGAAUGUGGUUAAGUGGUCUGGACAAGUUUCACAGAUGGGAGGCGGUCCAAGGAUCUUUAGGAGAACAAGUAACAUUUCCUUGGCUUGAGCAACUAGAAGUUUUUGGUUGCCCAGAGUUGACUACUUUUCCUGAAGCACCGAAGCUAAGAAAAGUAGAACUAUCCAACUGUAGACAGCAAGCAUCCCCCCUGGGAGAUCUGUGCUUAAGAGGGUGUGACCUUUUCUUCUCUGGCUCGAGUGCACUGGCGCUACGGAAAUGUUUUGGACAGCUAGCAACUUUGAAAAUUGCUCAGUGCGAUGCUCUAGUCUACUGGCCAGAGAAAUUGUUCCAGGGCCUAGUAUCCUUGAGGACGUUAGAGAUUGUAUGGUGCAGCAAACUGACAGGACUCACGGAAGAUGAAGCUUCUCAUGAGCAAUCUGCUCUCGUACAAUGGAGUGGAACCCUCCUGCCACGUCUGGAGUCCCUAGUGAUACGUGGCUGUGGAUCUUUGGUACAGGUCCCAAACCUAUCGACAUCUCUCAAGACGUUACGUAUUGAGCAGUGCACAAGUCUCAAAUCCAUUGCAUUCGGUGAGCAGCAGGACACGACGGGCCUGGAAACGUCAUCAUCAUUGAUUGCUGCAGGGUCGUCCUCGUCCAGCAAUGAGGAUGAAUCCACGGUGUCUACAGCUGUAGUACUGAAGCCGGUGUCAUCAUCAUCAGCCAGCAGUAAUCAUUGCUUCUUUCCAUGCCUAGAAUCUCUAGAGAUAAAAUGGUGUCAUGGCUUGACAGAGGUUGCCAACCUUCCUCCGUCCAUCAAGAACUUGAAGAUUUGGCAAUGCGGCAGUCUUGUUUCCGUGUCAGGAGAGGUCACGUCGCUGGAACAACUCAAUGUUUGGUCUUGCCGAAGCCUGGAAUCCUUACCGAAUGGACCUCAUCAAGUAUACUCAUCUCUCAGAAUUCUUAGCAUUGGAUGCUGUGAUGGUAUAAAGCAGCUUCUAUCGAGCCUACAGCAAUGUUUGGGUCACCUCGAGAAGAAAAAUCUAGACCCCCAUCUUCUUCAAGAGCAAGUGGAGCUUGAUUCCAAACCAGAGUCCAUGUCCGAUGGAGCAUCUACAGAUGUAGUACUGAAGCAGUCAUCAUCAACCGGCAGUAAUCAUUGCUUCUUUCCAUGCCUACAAUCUCUAGACAUAUGGAGCUGCGGUGGCUUGACAGAGGUUGCCAACCUUCCUCCGUCCAUCAAGACCUUGAAGAUUUGGCACUGCGGCAGUCUUGUUUCCGUGUCAGGAGAGGUCCCGUCACUGGAAAAACUCCAGAUUGGUUACUGUGGAUGCCUGCAAUCCUUACCGAAUGGACCUCAUCAAGUAUACUCAUCUCUCAGAGUUCUUGAGAUUCAAUUCUGUGAUGGUAUAAAGCAGCUUCCACCGAGCCUACAGCAACGUCUGGAUCACCUCGAGAAGAAAGAUCUAGAUACCCAUCUUCUUCAAGGAGAGGUCACGUCGCUGGAAGAACUCAAUGUUUGGUCUUGCGAAAGCCUGGAAUCCUUACCGAAUGGACCUCAUCAAGUAUACUCAUCUCUCAGAGUUCUUAGCAUUCGAUGCUGCGAUGGUAUAAAGCAGCUUGUAUUGAGCCUACAGCAACGUCUGGAUCACCUCGAGGAGAAAACUCUAGACCCCCAUCUUCUUCAAGAGCAAGUGGAGCUUGAUUCCACACCAGAGUCCAUGUCCGAUGGAGCAUCUACAUCUGUAGUACCGAAGCAGUCAUCAUCAACCGGCAGUAACCAUUGCUUCUUUCCAUGCCUAGAAUCUCUAGAGAUAAAUGACUGCAGUGGCUUGACAGAGGUUGCCAACCUUCCUCCGUCCAUCAAGACCUUGAAGAUUGGGCAAUGCGGCAGUCUUGUUUCCGUGUCAGGAGAGGUCCCGUCACUGGAAGAACUCCAGAUUUGUGACUGUGGAUGCCUGCAAUCCUUACCGAAUGGACCUCAUCAAGUAUACUCAUCUCUCAGAGUUCUUGAGAUUCAAUUCUGUGAUGGUAUAAAGCAGCUUCCACCGAGCCUACAGCAACGUCUGGAUCACCUCGAGGAGAAAACUCUAGACCCCCAUCUUCUUCAAGGGCCUGCAGAGCCGGUGCCUACAGGGAGAAUUGCAGCAUUAAUGAGUAAGCUGGAGUGCUUCAGAUUGAGAAGUGAGGACUAG